AUGCAGUUCAAAUCAGAAUCUUUUGAUAGUGAAUUAACGGAGUAUUGUCAAAUAGAACAGGAUUUUGAAAUUAAAUCCUUGUUUAAACAACUCAAAAUCUAAAAUUAGUAGUUGCCUAAUAAAAAGUCUAAAAAAAUAAAGAAAUUGAAGUUAAACAUUCAAACGAAUUCAAUUAUAUAAAGAAGAAAUGUAAAUGUACAAUAAAUUUGA